CUGUGCUUGCUCACCUCCUCCGCCAUUGCAGAUCCAAGGAGUCGGUGUAGUGGCAACCCGCCGUUAGCCAGGGGAAGCUCGCAAGUCUAGCGCCAAGAGAUCAGUAUAAACGUACCGUCACACCGACAGCGCCUUCGAUUCUAUCUUUGGAACCUCCGAUCAGAGGCUCCCUGGCUGCCCGGCUGGGACCCGAGAGGCGCCGUAGUUUGUUAGCAUUCGAAGAAACCGGAGGAGAGUGAGAGGAACCGCCAUGGCUCAGAUCCUGCCAAUUCGUUUUCAGGAGCACCUGCAGCUCCAAAACCUGGGGAUCAACCCUUCCAAUAUAGGCUUUAGCACCCUAACCAUGGAGUCGGAUAAAUUCAUCUGUAUCCGGGAAAAAGUUGGCGAGCAGACUCAGGUGGUGAUCAUUGACAUGGCCGAUCCGAAUACACCAAUCCGCAGGCCCAUCUCAGCCGACAGCGCCAUCAUGAAUCCAGCAAGCAAGGUCAUCGCACUCAAAGCUGCCAAAACCCUUCAGAUCUUCAACAUUGAAAUGAAGAGUAAAAUGAAAGCACACACCAUGACGGAUGACGUUACCUUUUGGAAGUGGAUUUCCCUUAAUACAGUUGCACUUGUGACUGACACCGCUGUCUACCAUUGGAGUAUGGAGGGUGACUCGCAGCCUGUCAAAGUAUUCGACCGCCACUCCAGCCUGGCAGGCUGCCAGAUUAUCAACUACCGCACUGACGCCAAGCAGAAGUGGCUUCUUCUCAUUGGUAUUUCAGCCCAGCAAAAUCGGGUGGUGGGAGCCAUGCAGUUAUACUCUGUGGAUAGAAAGGUUUCUCAGCCCAUCGAAGGGCAUGCUGCCAGCUUUGCCCAGUUCAAGAUGGAGGGGAAUUCUGAGGAGUCAACACUCUUCUGCUUUGCUGUCAGAGGUCAGGCUGGUGGGAAGUUGCACAUCAUUGAAGUGGGAACCCCACCAACUGGCAACCAGCCAUUUCCAAAGAAAGCAGUGGAUGUCUUCUUCCCUCCAGAAGCCCAAAAUGACUUCCCUGUUGCAAUGCAGAUAAGCUCGAAGCAAGAUGUAGUUUUCCUCAUCACCAAAUAUGGCUACAUUCACCUAUAUGACUUGGAAACCGGCACCUGCAUCUAUAUGAACCGGAUUAGUGGAGAGACCAUUUUUGUCACUGCUCCUCAUGACGCCACCUCAGGCAUCAUUGGAGUCAACAGGAAGGGACAGGUGCUGUCAGUCUGUGUGGAGGAAGAAAACAUCAUACCAUACAUCACCAAUGUGCUUCAGAAUCCAGAUCUGGCUCUACGUUUGGCAGUCCGCAACAACCUUGCCGGUGCUGAAGAGCUCUUCGCUCGCAAAUUCAACAACCUGUUUGCGGCUGGCAACUACUCUGAUGCUGCAAAGGUGGCUGCCAACGCACCAAAGGGUAUUUUGCGAACCCCAGACACCAUCCGUCGCUUCCAGAGCGUGCCUACUCAACCAGGGCAGACUUCCCCCCUGCUGCAGUACUUUGGGAUCUUGUUAGACCAGGGCCAGCUCAACAAAUUUGAAUCUCUGGAGCUUUGCAGGCCUGUCCUCCAGCAGGGAAGAAAGCAGCUUUUGGAAAAGUGGCUCAAGGAAGACAAGUUGGAGUGCUCAGAGGAGCUCGGGGACCUGGUGAAAGCAGUGGAUCCCACCUUGGCGCUUAGUGUAUACCUUAGGGCUAAUGUCCCCAACAAGGUCAUUCAGUGUUUUGCAGAGACUGGCCAGUUCCCUAAGAUUGUCCUUUAUGCCAAAAAGGUGGGAUACACUCCAGACUGGAUCUUUCUUCUUAGGAAUGUAAUGCGGAUCAACCCAGAACAAGGCCUACAGUUUGCCCAGAUGCUGGUGCAGGAUGAAGAGCCCCUAGCUGACAUCACACAGAUCGUGGACGUAUUCAUGGAAUACAACCUGAUCCAGCAGUGCACCUCAUUCCUGCUGGAUGCCCUGAAGAACAACAGACCAUCAGAGGGACCUCUGCAGACCCGCCUGCUGGAGAUGAACCUCAUGCAUGCCCCUCAGGUUGCUGAUGCAAUCCUGGGCAACCAAAUGUUCACCAACUAUGACCGUGCUCACAUCGCCCAACUUUGUGAGAAGGCCGGACUGCUGCAAAGGGCAUUGGAGCACUACACUGACCUGUAUGACAUCAAGCGUGCUGUGGUGCACACACACCUUCUCAACCCUGAGUGGCUGGUGAACUACUUUGGCUCACUGUCUGUGGAGGACUCUUUGGAGUGCCUCAGGGCCAUGCUGUCUGCCAACAUCCGCCAGAAUCUGCAAAUAUGUGUACAGGUGGCCUCCAAAUACCACGAGCAGCUUACCACACAGUCUCUCACCGAGCUCUUUGAGUCCUUCAAAAGCUUUGAAGGUCUCUUCUACUUCUUGGGUUCCAUUGUCAACUUCAGCCAGGACCCUGAAGUUCACUUCAAAUACAUCCAAGCUGCUUGCAAGACGGGCCAGAUCAAGGAAGUGGAGCGCAUUUGUCGAGAGAGCAACUGUUAUGAUCCUGAGCGUGUCAAGAACUUCCUGAAGGAAGCCAAACUGACCGACCAACUGCCGCUCAUCAUCGUCUGCGACCGUUUCGACUUUGUCCAUGACCUGGUCCUGUACUUGUACCGCAACAACCUGCAGAAGUACAUUGAGAUCUAUGUUCAGAAGGUGAACCCAAGUCGUCUGCCUGUGGUGGUCGGUGGUCUUCUGGAUGUGGACUGCUCAGAAGAUGUCAUUAAGAGUCUGAUUCUUGUAGUCAGGGGACAGUUUUCAACUGAUGAACUGGUAGCUGAGGUGGAAAAGAGGAACAGAUUGAAGCUGCUGCUGCCAUGGCUGGAGUCUCGCAUACACGAGGGCUGCGAGGAACCAGCUACCCACAAUGCCCUGGCCAAGAUCUACAUUGACAGUAACAACAACCCUGAACGCUUCUUGAGGGAAAACCCAUUCUAUGACAGCCGUGUGGUGGGCAAAUACUGUGAGAAGAGAGACCCACACCUGGCCUGUGUGGCCUAUGAGAGGGGGCAGUGUGACCAGGAGCUGAUCAAUGUCUGCAAUGAGAACUCCCUGUUCAAGAGCUUGUCUCGUUACCUGGUGCGGCGCAAAGAUCCUGAGCUGUGGGCCAGUGUGCUGCUGGAGACCAACCCUUUCAGACGGCCACUUAUUGACCAGGUGGUGCAGACAGCACUAUCAGAGACCCAGGACCCAGAAGAGGUGUCAGUCACAGUCAAGGCCUUCAUGACUGCUGACUUGCCCAACGAGCUCAUUGAGCUGCUGGAAAAGAUUGUGUUGGACAACUCCGUCUUCAGUGAACACAGAAAUCUGCAGAAUCUGUUGAUCUUGACGGCGAUUAAAGCUGACCGCACACGUGUGAUGGAGUACAUCAACAGACUUGACAACUACGACGCUCCCGAUAUUGCCAACAUCGCCAUCAGCAACGAGCUGUUUGAGGAAGCGUUUGCCAUUUUCAAAAAGUUUGACGUGAACACAUCGGCCGUUCAGGUGCUCAUUGAACACAUUAGCAACCUGGACCGGGCCUAUGAGUUCGCAGAGCGCUGCAAUGAACCGGCUGUGUGGAGCCAGCUGGCCAAGGCUCAACUCCAAAAGGGUCUUGUCAAAGAGGCCAUAGACUCCUACAUUAAGGCUGACGACCCCUCCGCAUACAUGGAGGUGGUGCAGGCUGCCGAUAAGAGCGGUAACUGGGAGGACUUGGUCAAAUUCCUCCAGAUGGCACGUAAGAAGGCCCGCGAGUCCUACGUGGAGACGGAGCUGAUUUUCGCCUUGGCUAAAACCAAUCGCCUAGCCGAACUGGAAGAGUUCAUCAACGGACCCAACAAUGCUCACAUUCAGCAAGUCGGUGACCGAUGCUACGACGAGAUGAUGUACGAGGCUGCUAAGCUGUUAUACAACAACGUCUCCAACUUUGGUCGCCUGGCUUCAACCCUCGUGCACCUCGGGGAGUACCAGGCUGCCGUAGAUGGCGCCCGUAAGGCCAACAGCACCCGUACCUGGAAGGAAGUCUGCUUCGCCUGCGUAGAUGGUCAGGAAUUCCGACUGGCUCAAAUGUGCGGCCUCCACAUAGUGGUGCACGCUGAUGAACUGGAAGAGCUAAUUAAUUACUACCAAGACCGUGGUUACUUUGAGGAGCUGAUCACCAUGCUUGAGGCAGCUCUGGGCCUGGAGCGUGCACACAUGGGCAUGUUCACAGAGCUGGCCAUCCUUUACUCCAAGUUCAAACCCCAGAAGAUGAGGGAGCACCUUGAGCUCUUCUGGUCCCGAGUGAACAUCCCCAAGGUCCUGAGAGCAGCGGAACACGCACACCUGUGGGCAGAGCUGGUUUUCCUGUACGACAAGUAUGAGGAGUACGACAACGCCAUCAUCACCAUGAUGAACCACCCAACAGAUGCCUGGAAAGAAGGACAGUUCAAGGACAUCAUCACUAAGGUGGCCAAUGUUGAACUGUACUACAAAGCCAUCCAGUUCUAUUUGGAGUUCAAGCCCUUGUUAUUGAAUGAUCUGCUUAUAGUGCUGUCUCCAAGACUGGACCAUUCUCGUGCUGUCAACUUCUUCAGCAAGGUGAAACAGCUGCCAUUGGUCAAGCCAUACUUGCGCUCAGUGCAAAACCACAACAACAAGUCAGUUAAUGAAGCACUUAACAACCUCUUCAUCACAGAGGAGGACUAUCAGGCUUUAAGGACAUCAAUCGAUGCCUAUGACAACUUCGACAACAUCUCGCUGGCCCAGCGUUUGGAGAAGCAUGAGUUGAUUGAGUUCAGAAGAAUUGCCGCGUAUCUCUUCAAGGGUAACAACCGCUGGAAACAGAGUGUGGAGCUCUGCAAAAAGGACAGGCUUUACAAGGAUGCCAUGCAGUACGCAUCAGAGUCCAAGGACACGGAGCUGGCUGAGGAGCUGCUGUCCUGGUUCCUACAGGAGAACAAGAAGGAGUGUUUUGCUGCCUGCUUGUUCUCCUGCUAUGACUUGCUGCGGCCUGACGUGGUGCUGGAGACCUCCUGGAGGCACAACAUCAUGGACUUUUCUAUGCCAUACUUCAUUCAGGUCAUGCGAGAAUACCUCAGUAAGGUUGACAAGCUUGAAACCUCCGAGUCGCUAAGGAAAGAAGAGGAGCAAGCAACAGAGACGCAACCCAUCGUCUAUGGCACACCCCAGCUGAUGCUGACAGCGGGCCCCAGCGUACCCGUGGCCCCCCAGCAAGCGUACGGCUACGGCUACCAGGCGCCGGCCGCCGCGCCAGGGUUCAGCUACGGCAUGUAAAGAUUCCCCCUUGCCCUUCUGUCCACGUUGACGGCUACUAUCCAUCCGUGGCCCACAGUCAUGACUUCACAAGACCGUCUUUAUCACUCGCCCUGCCCUCAACACGGAGUAAACUAGGGAUCAUACAAAGAAACCCCACCCCUUUUUCUACUUUUCGCCCUCACAAGCUUUCAUGGACUGUUUUAUUAUUUUUUGUCAAAGAUUUAAUCACAAAAGAAUCAAUUUUCUCACAUUCCUUAAUGACUAGAUUAAUUUCUUCUAUUUUAUUUGAAUGGUAAUGUGGUUUAUGUAAAAUAGGGUGGGCCGGGGAAGAGCUAGUUCUCUUCAGUUGUGAAGCUUCUGAUUUGCACUCAGUAGUGAGAAGAAAUUCAUGUCGACCCUUUUUCCUAUUCGUGAAUGUGUGAGCAGCUUCCUGACUAAAAUGCAUUUAAUAUUGUAUCACAAAACCCGCUUGUGCACCUUCCCUUUUGAUCAAGUGUCCACCGCAGUCCAGAAACACUACAUUGUCCCAGUCACGUCCCCACAAAACACUUUUUCAGGGCCGAUUGUCAAAGGAGAGCAUUUAAAGAGAAGGUCGACUCUUUCCACUCUAUGCAGGACUUUGUACAUCUCCAGACGACACGCCAUUGUGCUUUAAAUGCGAUCAUAACGUGGGACCAGUCCAACUCGGGAGGGAAGCAGACCUAUAUUGCGCCCUCUGUAUGCUGCAGGUUGUUUCUGCACCUUUUAGUGUGGGUCACUGCGGAGAUCCUCUUGUUGGUUCAGAAUCGUCACGGGACUUGUGGUAAUUUGAAGUAUAUAUAUAUAGAUAUAUCCAAAAUUUGCAUCUAUACAGAAAAUCAUGAAUUCCUUUUUGAAUUUAUAAUCCUGCCUAAGUUAUCCACGAUUGAAAUUGUGCACUUACGAUACUUGAUUGUGCAUAAUCAGGAUCAUAAUAAAUGAAACGGCGGUUUUGUUUUCCACUAAAAAUAAAGGCUUCUGGUUUGUCAGUG